CUCGAGUUUUUUUCUACCGUUUUAACAUCAAGAAGAGCAAGACCAUCUUUCCAAGUCCAAGGAAACGCUAAGCAGUUAUAUUUUUGUGAGCACCAAACCAACCACUAGAGCCAGCCAACUGUCGUAUCGAUUCACCAUCAAGAUGUCUUUGUCCUCUUUGUCUUUUUCCUCUAUGAUCUGCACCAUGAGCCUCAUCAAUAGCAUGGGAGCAGCUCAUGCUAUAGGUCCUUUAUUAAAUAACUUCUUACCUCCAGAUUUGCGUGUCGAGGUUCUUGCAGCUCCUCAUAAGGUCCAGG